AUGGAGUGGAAGAUUCUGCCCAUUCACUUGCUGCUGCUGCUGCUUUCUGUUUUCUUGAUUCAGCAAGUUUCCCCUCAAGAUUUAUCAAGCUGUGCAGGGAGAUGUGGGGAAGGGUAUUCUAGAGAUACCCCCUGCAACUGUGAUUAUAACUGUCAACUCUACAUGGAGUGCUGCCCUGAUUUCAAGAAGUUCUGCACUGUGGAGCUCUCCUGUAAAGGCCGCUGCUCCGAGACCUUUGAACGAGGGAGGGAGUGUGACUGUGACGACCAGUGUAAGAAGUAUGGCAAGUGCUGUUCCGAUUUCGACGAUUUCUGUGAAGUGGAUAGCCCCACACCACCACCAUCUUCAAAGGCUGCACCUCCGCCUGCAAGAGCACGUCCACCCAUCAAAUCAACCACCAAACGUUCACCCAAAUCAACAGAUAAGAAGACGACUAAGAAAGUUAUAGAAUCAGAGGAAAUAACAGAAGAACAUUCUGUUUCUGAAAAUCAAGAGUCUUCUUCCUCUUCUUCCUCUUCCUCUUCAAGUAUUCGGAAAAUCAAGUCUUCCAAAAAUUCAGCUGCUAAUAAAGAAUUAAAGAAGAAACCCAAAGUAAAAGAUAACAAGAAAGAAAAUCCUAAGAAGAAACCUGCCCCAGAGCCACCAGCUGUAGAUGAAGCUGGAAGUGGAUCAGACGAUGACGAUUCCAGGCUCACCCCAACUCCUGACACGCCCCCCACUCAAAGCACUAAAGUUACCACCACAACUUCCAAGGUUACAACAGUGACAACAGUAAGUCCUAAACCCAGCCCGUCACCGAAACCUGAAGCACCCAAAGACACAUCUUCAACAGCAAGUAAGGAGAAAACGGUUGAAACUAAAGAGACUUCUAAAACAUCAAAAGAGACUUCAGCUAGUACAUCGGAGAAGACGACCUCAGGUAAAGAGACGCGAAGUGCAGAAAAGACAUCUGAAGUUUUGGAAGCCACAUCAGUUUCUGCUAAAACUACAACUGAAGCUGAAACUACAACCACAACCACAUCUCCUUCUCCCACCACGACGUCCACCACCACCACCAAGGAACCUACAACCACCCCCAAGAAGCCCGAGCCCACCACCCCCAAGAAGCCCGAGCCCACCACCCCCAAAGAGCCCGAGCCCACCACCCCCAAAGAGCCCGAGCCCACCACCCCCAAAGAGCCCGAGCCCACCACCCCCAAGAAGCCCGAGCCCACCACCCCCAAGAAGCCCGAGCCCACCACCCCCAAAGAGCCCGAGCCCACCACCCCCAAAGAGCCCGAGCCCACCACCCCCAAGAAGCCCGAGCCCACCACCCCCAAGGAGCCUCCCACUCCUCCUGAGAAUCCUGCAGAAUCAACUCCCGAGUUUCCUGAAGAACCCACACCAAAGGCUCCUGAAAACAGUCCUGAGGAGCCUGCUCUACCUACAACCAAGGCUCCUGAAGGGACCAAACCUGAAACGACCACCACAUCAAAGGAUAAGACAACAGAAAAAAGCACGCACACUACAAGUGAAAUUACAACUGCCACAUCUACAACAAAAGAGACAGUAACUCCAGCAGAAGAAAAGACCACUGAAUCCAAAACAAGUACAACCAAACAGGUGACAUCUACCACAACCAAGGACACCACACCAGCCAAAGUUACUCCUCCGGAAACGACUCCUGCACCUGAAGUGACUCCAGCAGAAGAAAAGACCACUGAGUCCAAAACAAGUACAACCAAGCAGGUGACAUCUACCACAACCAAAGAUACCACACCAGCCAAAGUUACUCCUAAGGAAACGACUCCUGCACCGGAAGUGACGGCUGCACCAAAAAAGACGACAACGGAAGAGACUACAAAUACAUCUGAAGACAUAGUAACUACAUCCAAAGAUACAGCUGCUAAUCCUAAAGUGACUGCUAAACCCCCAAAGCCUACCAAAGCACCCCAAAUGCCCACCACCACCAAGAAGCCAAGCACAACGCCUAAGGUGACGAAGCCAAAACCGACACCAUCCCCCCCAAAGAUGACCACAUCAACGGCACCUACAGUGAACCCUGCCCUGCUCCAAACCACCACCAGCUCUAACCAACCUAGUAACUCAGAAAUGGCGGAAGAAAAUCCAAAGAAUGAAGAUGCAGAUGUUGCGAAUGCUGCUGGAGGAGAAAAGCCUUAUGUGAUUCUCAGGCCCCCAGUGUUAACUCCUCUAAUUAUCCCAGGAGCUGCCUUAAGAGUGGAAGGAUCUGAACAAGGCACUGACAACGACCCCAUGCUUUCAGAUGAAACCAAUUUAUGCAAUGGUAGAUCGGUAGAUGGACUGACGACUCUGGCCAAUGGAACAUUAGUUGCAUUUCGAGGUCAUUACUUUUGGAUGUUAAAUCCACUCAGUCCACCAUCUCCUCCUCGUAGAAUUACUGAAGUCUGGGGUAUUCCCUCUCCCAUCGAUACUGUUUUUACUAGGUGCAACUGUGAAGGAAAAACGUUCUUCUUUAAGGAUUCUCAGUACUGGCGUUUCACCAAUGAUGUAAAAGAUCCUGGGUAUCCCAAACAGAUUGUAAAAGGAUUUGGAGGACUAAAUGGAAAAAUACUGGGAGCUCUUUCAAUACCUAAAUAUAAGGAGAGACCUGAAUCUGUGUAUUUUUUCAAGAGAGGGGGCAGUGUUCAGAAGUACACUUACAGACAAGAACCCAACACGAAGUGCACUGGAAGAAGGCCUGCUCUGAAUUACCCCGUGUACAACACACAGGUUAGACAGGUUAGGAGACUUCGCAUUGAACGGGAUCUCGGAUCUCACACACACACCGUCAGAAUUCACUAUUCGCCGCCCAUCAGAGUCCUUUAUCAAGACAAAGGUUUCCUCCACAAUGAAGCCAGAAUAAGUACUCUGUGGAAAGGACUUCCCAACGUGGUUACCUCAGCUAUAUCCCUGCCCAACAUCAGAAAACCUGACGGCUACGAUUACUAUGCUUUCUCUAGGGGUCAAGCCUAUAACUUGAAUGUGCCCAGCAGGACAGCAAGAGCCGUUACUCCUCCUCCUGGGCAGACCUUAUCCAAAGUCUGGUACAACUGUCCUUAG